AAGUAAUGAUCUAGUGGCCCACGUGCUCUAUGGUGACACUUUGUCAAGGUGACAAGUGCCUUUGUGCAGGCGUCGCGUCACGUCACGUCGCCAGCGUCACUUGGAGCAUUUCUAUUUCGGCGCGAAUGUCGCGGCAGCGGCCGGCGCUCUGCAUGCGAGACGCGGUGGCACGCGGCGCUCGCGCACGCGAUCUAAAGGUACUCCCUACUUUAGUUCACGCGUAUGUUCCCCCUGCCGAACACGUCUAAAUAAACAAGUCAUAUUCACUAAUGUGGAUAGCUUUAAAAGUGUCGUAAAAAUAAGAAAAUGUGAAAAUCCAGAUAAUCCACUGUGCUCUUUGGUGAAGUGAUAUAGGUUAAGUGUUGGUGAAAUAAAAUAUUUAUCGCCCCAAUGUCACGGCGGUGUUUCGUUUGUACCUACAACACAAACGAAGGGUAUUUUUACGACGCGCAACGUCCCAACAUCACACAGCUGACAUAAAGUGUUGAAUACAUCUAUUGAAAUUGCUCUUAUAUCGUCAAACGGCCUCUGUAUUACAAGCACAUAAAGUUGAAUAAUAUGUUACUUUGUCCAAUUUUUUUCUGUAAGAUGUCAUUUGAAUUUGAAGGUUCACAUGAUUCACUAUUCUCUACUUAAGCUGACACAAUGGUGAUCUUAAAACUGUAAUGACACCUAUUAUAUUUAUGAGUAAAUUUAACAAAAUAGAAGUAUAAAGUAAAAAUAAUUUAGCGACAAAAGACAAUGUAAAAUAAUUAAUAACAAUAGUAAUUGUUCAGUUUAUCCUGUACCUAUAUUACAUAUAUACUGUAGUCUGAUACGAGACACAACUCUGCUAAAAUUAAGCAUGUAUAAAACUAAUAAUAUCACCAUAUAAUAAGGAUAUUCAGACUUUGCGAGUGUGUAUGCAUAGAUACCUUUGUUUGUUCAGUGAUAAUGCCGGGAGAAACAUGCGCGCGCAUUCCACUAGCUGCCAUAACUUAUCACAACACUUAAACACCACGUGCUUUCCAUAAGCACUUAAUAACAGUGUCUAAUGAUUAAGUGACUUCCUAUCUUGUUAGAGCACAAAGUGUUAGUAAGUGCAAAGUUGUUGGUGUCCAGUGCGCGUGGUUCGAGUGUCACGCAGAGUUUGUUGCUCUAUCGGUGCGCCGAUAUGUUGUUGCAUGGUGACGUAGUGACAGCGCCUGUACAACGGAGACGCUCAGGUCUCUGCGGUGUUCCAUGCUGUCGUGGGGGCGGGGAACCGCGGGAUCUUCAAAACCCGUGCCCCUUCCCAACUGCACUCUCCUCCAGCACCAGUCCAGCGGCGAGGACGCCAGCGACCGUGAAACUGAAGGCGCUAUACUCGCAGGCGUCGCCGCCUUGGCUCGAAGACGACACGCCAUAAGGAUUAAGAGAAAAUCUAAAAUUGGCUUCAGAGUCGUAAGACGUAGUGGAGACGGGGGCGGCGCCCGAGUGCUCCGCUCGACACCGGACUGGAGUGACAGCGCUGUUGGCGGCGAACAUCUCUGGUCACCCACAUCUGUGUCAGGAGAUUGCUGUUAUGUCGGCGAUGCCGAAUGUCAGAAACACGGAUCCCGUAUGAAAUGCUCGGCAUGCAAGAUCGUCGCGCACACUGCUUGCAUCGAUAUACUUAUGGAUCGAGUGCAAUUCACUUGCAAGCCCACAUUUCGUGACGUGGGCGUGAGACAGUACCGCGAGCAAACUAUCACCCACCAUCACUGGGUGCACCGGAGGUCAGAAAAGGGCAAGUGCAAGGCUUGCGGGAAGUCAUUCCGGCGCAGUUGCUGUGGGUCGUGCAUAUCAAGACAAGAGUCUAUAGACAAGCCCUUACGUGUAAACAAUGAAAUUUCGGACCGCUCGCUGCAAGCCAAACUAUCUUUCAGCUCGAAAGAAAUCGUGGCUCUGAGUUGCUCUUGGUGCAAAGAUGCUUAUCACAACAAAGAAAGUUGCUUCAAUCUUCAGCGGAUAGGAGAAGAAUGCUCAUUGGGUUCACAAUCCAACAUUAUUGUGCCACCAUCAUGGAUUGUGAAGCUGCCAAGGAAGGGAAGUUUCAAAUCUUCAUUAAGAAAAUCGCCGAAAAAAAAAAGUGCAUCAAAAAAGAAAAGCAAAGACUCAAAGAAUGAGCAGAAAACAUUUGUGAUAAAGCCAAUACCAAGUGUGAACGUGAGACCGGUGUUAGUUUUUAUAAAUCCCAAGAGUGGAGGAAAUCAAGGUGCCAAACUCCUACAGAAAUUUCAAUGGCUGCUGAAUCCUCGACAAGUUUUUGACCUAACUCAAGGAGGACCUGGACCUGGACUGGAAUUAUUUCGCAAAGUCCCUAAUCUGCGGGUGCUGGCAUGUGGCGGUGAUGGUACCGUGGGCUGGGUUCUGAGUGUGCUAGAUCGUAUCGCUGCGAGGCCUGCUGUUGGUGUGCUGCCGUUGGGCACUGGCAAUGACCUGGCCAGGGCACUUGGCUGGGGCGGGGGUUAUGAAGAUGAGCCGAUAUCGAAGAUUCUAGCAAAUAUCGGUGAAAGCGACACAGUGUUACUAGACCGAUGGCAACUUACUGUGGAACCUAACACGGCAACAGCAGGGGAGGACACAAAGAACGCGAAACCAGAAUUACCACUCAAUGUCGUCAAUAACUACUUUUCGUUUGGAGUCGACGCUCAUAUUGCUCUUGAAUUCCACGAAGCAAGAGAGGCACACCCAGAGAAAUUCAACUCGCGUAUAAGAAAUAAACUGUUCUACGGCACGGCCGGUGGUAAAGACCUAAUGCAGAGGAAGUGGAAGGGCCUCGCCGAGUUUGUUACCAUGGAGUGUGACGGCAAGGACCUCACGCCAGUACUCCGGGAGCACAAAGUUCACGCUAUUGUUUUUUUAAACAUUCCAAGCUACGGGGGUGGAACUCACCCCUGGAACAAAUCAGGAGGAUCAUUUGAACCUUCGACUGAAGAUGGCCUAAUAGAAGUAGUAGGAUUAACGACAUAUCAAUUGCCGCUACUGCAAGCUGGCGGGCACGGUACCUGUAUCACACAAUGCAAGACUGCCAAGAUUGUCACCACGAAGGUGAUACCCAUGCAAGUGGACGGCGAGGCAUGUAGGCUCGCGCCUUCAAUUAUUACACUGUCUAGACUCAACCAGGCCACUAUGUUGGCUAAAAGGAAACCAGGAAGAACUAUAGCACCUCAAACCACGGUGGACAAGUUGACAUUCACAGUGAAUCUCAUUACCAUGGCCGAUUACGAAAGGCAUCAUUAUGAUAAGGAAUUACUCGCCAAAACAGCGGAGCGUAUUGGGACUCUUGAAGUAAACCCAACAGCUGAUUUGGAACAAAUGCGCACUCUCAUACAGAACGUAAUCAAAGAAUCUCAAGCAUACUCUAAUCUCAUCGACUGGUGGUUUGUUGACUCCGUCACAGCGGAACGUUUCUUCCGCAUCGACAAAGCUCAAGAAAAUCUCCACUAUCCUACGGAUAUCGGCCACGAAAACAUAUAUAUAUUAGACACAGCACCUUUGACACCGGACACUGAGUCGACUGCGCCCCCAGACACCACCGCCACGGCAUCGUUCGACCGCACCGGACCGUCCGUGUCGCUGGACACCACUACUGGGCUGUCAGUGUCGCUCGACAUAUCGCAAAGUGUCGACACGCCCAGUGCUGGAGUAUCACUGGACGUUCCCGAAUCGCAUGCCAGUGAAUCGGGUCUCGGCAGUCCAGCACGAACAUCAGAAGAAUUCCUAAGUCCACAGACACCGCCUCCUGUCACACCUGCAGCACCAGCGCCCAAAACCCCUACUCCUAGUACUCCGAAAACAACGUCCCCACAACCUCCUUCCCCAAAAAUUAUAUCAACCUCAAUACAGGAAUCAAAUUCUCCUCCUCUCUGCACGAGUCCGCCGGCUAAAGAGCAUCGGCCAACCCACGACUCGAUAGCACGAUUCAAAACCAUACAUGAAAAACUGUUUGGACUUGACCAAGAAGUGUUUGGCUAUAGGAAUUUAUUAGAGAAAACAUCUGACUCACUUCUCAAGGCUGCUAAAGUCGGCGACCUGAAAUUGAUGAAAGAGCUACACGCAGCAGGAUACUCACUCCUGUCCAUUGACGCGAGCGGACAGACAGCAUUACACAUCGCCGCCCGAUACGGCAACAAGGAGAUUGUCAAAUACCUGAUAGCGUGUGCUCCAACGGCUAUUCUUAACAUGCGCGACAAUGAGCGAGGACAAACGGCUUUGCAUAAAGCUGCUGCACAUAAAAGACGAGCGAUAUGCUGCAUGCUGGUGGCUGGUGGAGCAUCCUUGACUAGACAGGAUCACGCCGGCCUAACCCCGAGACAUCUGGCGUUGCGUGCUGAAGACCACGAUUUGGCUGCGUACUUAGAAAGUCAAGAGCAUUUCCAAUUAGUCUCCGAAGACUUAGAAACUGCUGUUUGAAAAUGGGAAAUCCAAACGGAGAUGGUCAAUUUAUUAAGACGGUGUCUAGAACGCUGCGAACUAUGAGUCUCAAAUAAUAACGAAAUAUCAUUCAAGACGUUUGAGAACUAUUUUUAUUAUACUCUAACACCAAAGUGAUAUUUAGAUCUUGUGACUAUUAUAGAAAAAAUCAACGUUUCGCUAUUUAAAUAUUUCCAUUGAACGAGUUUCAUAAAUAUUGUAUUUUGAUUCUAAAUUAAUAGAAUAAGGUAAUAGAUAUAAUUAAGUCGGUAUAAAUAUUACGGAGUAAUAAUAAGUAUUUUAAAACAUCAAAAAUAUUAUUAGAUUUUAAAAACAACUGAACGGUAUUCCCGAUUACAUUUUUCUACAGGGCAUUUGUGUAACUUAAUUAUAUAUAUUAUAAUAAUAAUAACUUUUAAUAAGUUGACCUGAUGAUUAUAACUAAACAAUUAUUUUUGACGAAAAUGGAAUGCAAUUACUUUUACGAUUAUGUAUUACUACAUACUAGAUAUAAAUCAAAUAAUAUCAGUCUACACAGCUUAUUGCUCACGUAACUAAAUGCCUAAAAAUGUCUCAAUAUGUACUUAAUGCUUAAUAUUUGAGUAAUUUAUAGCAGAGUUCGAAAUACGUAGGUAAGUACUCUAUUUUAACAUUGAUUAUUAAAUUAUUUCUUAUUAAACAUAUAGGUACAUAAUUUAAAUUCUAUCUAUUAAGGUGUUCGUUUAAAUAAUUUGGAUAAAAACCUGCAAGUUUAUAGAACAUCGUUCGUACCUUAUAAGUAGUAGAUCGUCUACAACUGCUUUUCAUACAAAAAAAAAAGAUAUUUUGAAUGGUUGUAUUUUAAAAAUCAAAAAACUUUUACUGCUUUCACAAUUAAAUAUUUGUUUAUAAAGAAACUCGUAAUUCGUUUAAAGCGUUUUCCUUUACCUACAUUAUACACACAUAAUAAUUUUAUUUUAAGAAUGCUGCUACAAUAUUAAAUAAUAAUAAGUAAAUUUUAAAUUUUGUUCAUUGACAAAAACACCUAUGCUAUAGAAAAUCUAAAGACAUAUAAUUGUUUUUUUUUUUUUAUUUUAUUUUAUAAAUACAUACGUGACUUACUAUAUAGGUUAAAACCAAUCAGGAUACACGUACUCUUCGGAAAACUCCAGUGGCGGAUUUACACUUUUGCCGAUUGCAGAUUUUCUAAUAGGCUAUUCAAUAUUUUCCGUCCCUACAGCCCUCUACAAUUCGGUAGCUACAAUUAACUAUCAUGUUAAAUACCUUUUUUUUUUGUUAAUUUUAAAAUUUCGCGUUGUUUAUACAUAUUUUUAAAUUCACUAUCGGGGCUUAACACGAUCCUGUCGUGACUACGAUUACGUGCAAUCCACGUUAAAACGUCAGCAAUAAAGAAGCAGGUAUGCAAGUACUAUUUACCUGCAAAAUUUUUCAUAGUGUAAUUAAAAAAUAUGUACAAUUUUGUUUUAUCAAUGAAACUAUAACUUUUAGCUUCAAAUUUGCCACUCCUAAAAUGUGCCACCCUAGUUUCCAGCCUAUGCAGCCUGCUGGUAUAUCUGCCACUGGAAAACUGGAAAAAUAAUUCCACUUAGAACUAACGGUCCUACUUUCCUCUAACUGUGUUUACAAAGUCAGAAAGCAAACUCCACUUAGUAAAAAGUUAUGUCGAUUCCUACACUCAUAAAAUCUGUUACGAGGUUUGCAAUACACAGAAAUUUUAUGAAACAUGCUCAAUUUUUGUCGCUAACUGUACCUAUUUUAAACUCGUUUAGCAUUUGUUAAAUAAUAUAGAUAAUGCUCAUCAAUUUCAAAUGUCUUUUUAUAAUAAUAAUUAUUAUUACACUUCACGCUAUUUUAUAGUCAGCUAUAGACUUUAACCGGAUCUGCUAAGGGUAGUUAAAAUACCAUUAACUAUUACUUCAUUACGUGUAAUAUAUGAAUCUUUUUUUUUAUUAUUUUCACUAUGUAGAAAAAAUAAUUUAAUAAGAUGUCAAUUUGCUAAUUGCAAAUAUUUUUUCAGUCUUCAACGAUAAAUACUUAGGUAAUAGUAGGCUAUAAAGAAAUAAGUUAAAAACGGUGAAUCUUAUAAAGCGUAUUUGCAUUUAUUUUAACAACAAAUUAUCUAUUAACAACUGUUGAAAUUUCUUCCGUAAAAUACAAUAAAUAAAUAUUUUUAGGUAUUUAUAAAUUAAGAAUACCUUACCAGAUCUUAAUACAAUAUAGAUGAUCAUGUAAACAUGACUAUUUCAGUCAUUGAUUUCUUUAUAAUUACUUAUCUGAAAUAGUGUUCAAGACUUUCAUUUUUCAAAUAAUUAUAAUUUUUCAUUUUACACUUACUAUUUAAAGGAAAAUUAUACCUAACUAAAAUAACUAUGUUUUCUAAUCAUACUCAUGAUAUAUUACUGCGGAUUUAGAAAUUUAGUAUCUACUAUUUCGGCAAUAAUAGAUUAUCUAUUAGUUUAAGAUGAAAGUUAAUAAUUCUGUGUAUGUUUUAGUACUGAUAUAAUCAGUAUAAUUAUAGUAUAAUGAUCUCAGUGUCAUCUAUUUCUCUAACAUAAUAAGUUUUAUUUGCAACUAUACAGUUGGCUUUUAGCCAUAAAUGCGCUAUAAUGAACACGCUAUAUAUUUCUAAAUAUUUCUAUUAGAAUGCCGUCUUUCCAAAUCCUUUUAUAAUUUAAUAUUUUUCUAUUUAUUUUUAUAAUUCUGUGAUGAUACCGUAAUUCGGUAUCAUCAGACUUUAGGAAAUCACUUUCUUAUUAAACUUUUAUAACUGAAUAACAAGAUGUGGUUACAUUACGCUAACAAUGUUUAUAACGAUGUGAUUCCACCCAUGCUGUAUAUAACGACACAUGUUUUAGGGAAUUUGUCUGUCAACAUAAUUUAGUCAUAAUGCUGCUGAAAAUCCCCCAUAACAGUAACCCGAACAAUUUCAUUUUCCGCCCGUGUUUGUUAUAAAGUACAAACAGUAUUUCGAAAUAUUUUGUGCGAGUUGUUAGUGUUACUUAUACGACUUUAAUGCCAAUACCUCUACGUAUAGAUGUACCUAAUAGUUUAGUGUUUAACGAAUUUACUCGUACUACUCGCUAACAAGCGAACAAUGAAAGACAAAGCUGUGAGAAUUUUGGUCAUAAUGUAAAAAGUAAGUUCAUUUUUAUUGUAAGCGAGAGCGAUGUACACCGUUACACUGUCUGUGCGUUUCUUUGUUUGUGAUUGUAGAUAGAACAUUUUAAGAUUCGUAAUUUAUUGUUCUACUUAUAGCAUAAUAAAUUGUUGUGUUUGAAUACUUUCGCUGUCCAAGUUGUCAUAAAUGAUUUCUGCUGUUGAUUAUUCUGACGAGUUUGUUGUGUAGACGUUAUAUAGACGUUAUAUGCGUACUUGUUGAUAUAAAUUAUAGAAAAUAAUUCAGAAGCCCCUGUAGUUCGAAAAAUAAUUUCUAAAUAAUAUGUUUUUUUUUUUAUUGUCAUUGAAUAGAUAUUAUUAAAUGUCGUUAUUACUUAGAUAUUACCAACAUUUCUUAUGAGGCCACUAUAUAGUGUCACAAAUUAUUUUGAUUACCAACAUAGUUAUCUAUAAAAUUUAUAAAUGUCUGCUAUUUGGUUUGUUAUCGAAUAAAAUACAAUCUAAUUCCUACGCCAAUUUAAUCUUAAAUACAUUAGUGAUACUUUCCUAUGAAAUAUUAAUAGUCUUUGUAUUAUACUGUAUUGGAGGCCUUCAUUCGUGUAGUGUGUUUUAUAUAUCUCUUAUAAUAAACAUGUAAGUAAUUUCGCGACCAAAUUCUAUCUUAAAGGAGAAUGAAUAUCACUAGGUUAGAUUCAAGCACUGAUUUACGAAUGCUUUUUGAUCGAAUAUUUGGUAGAACUGUAAUUACUUAUAAUAAUGUUUAAUUUAUUUAAAUAUUUAUUAAAUCCCUACUAAAACAUCCUCUUAUGCGCCACGUGCGGUGAUCGUAAAUUUUAUAAUAGGUAAAUAGAUAAAUUUACUAUUUAGGUGUACCUAUUGGAUGGUGUGAAUAAUGCUACCUAUAAUAAGUUACUAUUUACAUCAAAAACUGUAUGAUGUUACAUAGGUAUUUAUUGUUACUCGUAUAUGUUUCAGUUCUAUUGUCCAGAAUAUAUGUAAUAAUUGAUCUGUAUAUAAAGUUCAACAAACUUUUACAAUACCUACUUAGAAUUCCUCGUAGUAUGCUUAUUACGAAGAAUUCUUACUAUUACCAAGUAAAUUUAUAGAACGAUGACGUUUACAACAUUUUUCGUAUAAAUGUUUAUAGCCGACGGUUUUUCACUGGCUGCUUCAGCCACACUCUGUGGAACUCUAUGGAAAAGGAACCGGCAUUAAACACAUAAUGUUCUUAGCACACGAAUAUAUUAAAUACUUCUGUUGUUCUUCUUCUUUUUAAUACAAUUUAUUGGUAAUUUGUCAAAGAAUUAAAUAUGUAAAUAUAUAAGUGUAAAACAAGAAACACAAAUUUAAUAUAGAUAUUAUCUACUGAACAAAAGCAAGUUCACACUUUAGUUCGCUUUUGAGUAAAAAAAAAAUUAAUUGAUUAACAUGAUACUUAUUUUCCACUUUUUUUUGUAUUUAUUAUUAUUUCAAGUGUUUACAUCAGAUACGUUACCUAAUAUGAUUUAAAAUGACUAUUUUGAUACCGUAUCACCUCAAUAAUGAGGCCAAUAAGGUAUAGCAUUCCAUUGUUCAUUUAUUUAUAAUAAUUUGAUAACUCAUUAGAUAUUUAUAAUAUGGCCUAAUAGUUUAGUUCUUGCGGAGCUUUCAUUUGAUUGAAUAAUUGAUAAGUUAUAUAUUUUGAUAUCGAUGUGAUACUGAUUGGUCUCUGCCGAUCAGUAUUUUAUAUGUGUAAUGAAUAUUUAUUAAAACACAUAAAGUAUUAGGUACCUAAGUACCUUUUAAAACUUUUUUCACGUUAAUUAAAAUAUUGCAUUUUCAAUUAAGUAGGUAGAUAUUUUGGCCAAAACUAAAAUAAGUAAGUACGAAUUCGAUUUUCUUUAGUGCUGCUUGUUAGCGAUCUUGUUGCAAUUUUGAUAGUAGGUAAUUAGGUAAUAUGUAUUUUAUUACAGUGUACAGAUGUGUCUAUUAUAUUUUCAUUGUAUCUUCCGCUCACCUUUAGGUGCUUAUUAUUUUAUAUGGCCAAUGUAUUCUUGUGACCACUCAUAUAGAUACGCUCCUGAAUUUAUCAUAUAUGAGUCUUCUUUCUUUUAUUCAGAAAUUAUAAUACUUCAAACUUACUUUUUCUUCCAAUAUUUAAAAAUUAAGAUUUUACUUGCAAAAUCUGAAAAAAAAUAGAAACAAUAGGAGGGAUAACAAUAUUUUUGAAAAAGGUAGAAAGAUAACAGUAUUUCAUGGAUUUAAUUUUAUUAGUCAUACAGAUUGCCAUAUUUAUUAAAUAUAUAUGCAGAUCUAUUAAUUAUUUUAUAAGUAUUGUGGCCAACACAUUUUGUGACAGCCAUGAUACUUCCUAUAUUAUAUAGAAGUAUACUUAAGCACUAGAUUAUUUGUAUGAGAUAUGAGUUGUUACUAUUAUUAUUAGCUAAAAGCGUCUUAUACAUUUAAGUGUUUUGAUUGAAUGUGAUUACUUAAAUAAUAAAUUGUUAAUUUGCUUUAUUUUUAAGUGACAUUAUUUAUAGUGCAAAAGUACUGUGGUAUCAACUAAACCUAAAAACUAAAAUAAUAAGUACCUAUUAUGAAUUUGAAUUCUGUACAAUUGCUGCUUUGAGAUUAAAAUUAUUUUACCUAAGUACUUGUUAUUUCUAGUUUCGUGAUGUCUAUUAUGUUAUAAUAAUAUUAAUGUCAAACAAAUUAACUAGAAUAUGUAUAUAAAUUUUAAGAAUUUACUAAGAAUAUACCUAAAUCACUUAAGUAAUAAGGUACUUAACCUUGAAAUCAUAAAAGACACCAAUUUUAAUAUAUUAUUUGUCUACCUAUUUUUCAAGACAUAUAUCUUUUAGUCAUUUUGAGGUAUAAUUUGGAUACUUAUUUGUCAUUAAGUUAUAUAAAAUUAAAAUUAUUAAUUAUUCGAUUACCUUACUUACUAUCCCUUCUUCAUUAGACUUUCAUUAGAUGAUAAUAACUUAGGUUUAUCAUCAGUAUAUGAAAGAGUUAUCUAAAAAUAUAACUAGUCCAGACGUUUGGGUUUUUCUACUAAGAAUAGAUAUAACUAAAUGUUUAUAUGUAGUAAACACAAUAUGCUACCACGUCUUUUUAUCUCCAGCAGGUCAUGAGCCAGUUAGGAAAAUCAAUAUACCUACCAGCAUUACCAAGCCUUCAGUGAAAAGAAAGAAAAGUUGAAAUAAAACUCUAUAUCAAGCCACCAGGCCCACAUAAUAAUAAUAUACAUAUUCUCUAUGGGGAAAGUUCUGUAUCCGCAAAUGGAUGUUAUGGGUUGCUAUGCGAAUAUCCCUAAUAGAAACGUACCUGCUUUAUAUAAGGAGGUUGUAUGUACUAGUUCAUUGCAAAUACAAAAUUCUGUUGAAAAAUAGAAUGAAAGUGUUUUAAAAAUUUCAUGCAUUGUUCUAUUAUGGUGAGAGAAGGAGAUAUGUUAAAACUUGAAUAUGGUCGUAAUGAUAAUUCAUAAAUGAUGUAGUACAUAAACUCCAGAAAUAUAUGAUAUAAGUAUCCCUAAUUAUUCCUCAAAAUAAUUAAAUAUUAUGGUAGAUUUAAAUAAUCGUGUCUAAAGUAUAAUAGGUACUAUUUAAUCUAAGUGGAUAAUAGACACUUGUAAAUUUAAUCCUAAGCACUUAUUUUGAACCCUACUGCUUUACGACUACCUUUUAUAAAUAAUAAUGUACCUAACUGUAAUUUUAAUAGAGAUUUGAGAGCACUCUUUUCAUUGUAAGUACAUACUUAUUUUUGCACACAAUAAAGUCACUAUUUUAAAUAAAGUUAUUUAAUGAAGUACACUGAAAGAACAAUAAAUAAAGUACGAGUUAA